GCCGCCUUCAAUUGUAGCCGAAUGCCGGAUACAUAUACUUCCCCAAACAACAUAUCAAGAUAUUCAACCAAUUGAACCAGUCUGGAUAUCAUCAUGGCCAAGAAGCUCUCUCCUUUCAAUUUUACAAAGGCUGUCAUGCGGUCAUUUAUGGCCGAAUCAGGUCUCGAGCCCAGACUGCUUCACAGCCGAUUUCGCAUCACAAAUGCCUCUGAGGGCAAAGUCGACUUCGAAGUCGACAUUCACAAAGACCAUACUAACCGGCUCCAGACUAUACAUGGCGGAACUAUAGCUAGCCUUGUUGACCUUGGAGGGUCUCUCGCAGUCGCAUCUACUGGACGAUUCGCAACCGGUGUGUCAACUGACUUGAAUGUCACUUAUCUCAGCCCUGGUGGUCGACCUGGCGAUCUUCUCAAAGGCACUGCUACUUGUGAUAAAAUUGGCAAGACGCUUGCGUAUACAUCGGUACAGUUUUAUAACGGCAAAGGCCAGCUCGCUGCAAGAGGCAGCCACACAAAGUAUAUCGCGGGAACCAUGGGUCCGGAUGGGGCCUUUGUAGCUCCGGCACAAUGGGUAGAUGAGGUUGACUAGAUUUGGAUAUAUUUAAUGGUGCUAUGUCCUAGCAUGUACAGCAAUGGUAUAGCUCUAGCAUUGUGGUAAUAUAGACUGAGCCGUAGGAAUUACAUGUUUAUAAAAAUUUCCGAUAUCGGGAAGAGGCUCAAG